CGUUUGCCAUGAGCAUUUCUGCCAUGCACGAAUACUGUGAUGUCAUCGUAAUGCGACGCGCCGGUGGCUGAGCGGAGUGAAGUUUGUUGUCAAGUUUGGAGUUUCACUUUCUAAGUGAUGACUUCCCUUAAAAAGGCGCUAAAAACCCAUUUUGGGUUUGAUGUAUUCCGUUCACAGAAGCAAGAGGAUGCGGUCAAGGCCGUUAUUAAAGGAGACCGCGAUGUGUUUGUGUGCAUGCCCACGGGGGCAGGGAAAUCGUUGUGCUACCAGCUGCCAGCGAUGCUGGCCGAUGGCAUCACGUUGGUCAUCUCCCCCCUCAUCGCUCUCAUACAAGACCAAGUGGAGCACCUGCGAGACCUUAACAUCCCCGCCUGCUCCAUCAACUCCAAGCUCCCCAUCGCCGAGCGCCGCCUCAUCAUGGCCGACCUGGAGAGCGAAAGCCCCAGGCUGAAGCUGCUCUACAUCACCCCAGAGAUGGUGACCUCUCCCGGGUUCAAGCCCUGCCUGACCAGCCUCUCCUCCCGGAGGCUUGUCUCAUAUCUGGCGGUGGACGAGGCCCACUGCGUCUCCCAGUGGGGGCAUGACUUCAGGCCGGACUACCUCAAGCUAGGUGAGCUGCGAGCCCGUCUUCCCGGGGUGGCGUGUGUGGCGUUGACCGCCACGGCGCCUAAAAAGGUUCAGGAAGACAUCAGCAAGUCCCUGAGGCUGCGCUCACCGCUGUCCUUCACCACGCCGGUGUUUCGUAGUAACCUGCACUACGACGUGGUGUUCCGUGAGCAGCUGGAUGAGCCCUACGCUCACCUGCACGCCUUCGUCACAGAGGCCCUGUGGGGAGUGGCCCCGGGGGCCGCGAGGAUGACACAGGGCUGUGGGAUCGUCUACUGCAGGACCAGAGACGGCUGUGAAACUGUGGCCCAUCAGCUGACCAGCCUGGGAGUCCUGUCCAGGCCUUACCAUGCAGGGUUGAAGACGGCAGAUCGCACGGAGGCCCAGUCUGAUUGGAUGCAGGGGAAGGUGCUGGUGAUCGUGGCAACCAUCAGCUUCGGCAUGGGAGUGGACAAAGCCAACGUCAGGUUCGUGGCCCACUGGAACCUGGCUAAGUCCCUGGCCAGCUACUACCAGGAGUCAGGCCGCGCGGGGCGGGACGGCCUGCCCUCCAGCUGCAGGACCUACUACUCCCCCAGGGACAGGGAGCAGAUGAACUUCCUCAUACGCAAGGAGCAGGCUCGCAAGCAGGCAAAACGAGGCUCAGAGAAGGAAACGGACAAAGCUGCCAUCGCCGACUUUGAAGCCAUGGUGUCCUUCUGUGAGCAGGAGACUUGUCGCCAUGCCACCAUCUCUAAGUUCUUUGGAGACGCCCCCCCCGUGUGUGGCGGAGCGUGUGACUGCUGUCGGGACCCCCGGGCGGUGCGGGCCCAGCUGGAGAAGGGCUCCGCCCUCAGGACCAGGAUGAUGGCCGCGCCCGGCCCCAGCGGGCCCUUCGGCUUCGACCGGCAGCUCUACGCCGGGGGCAGGAAGGGCUACGGCUUCGAGAGGCAUGAUGAUGAGGACUGGGAGGGAGGAGACGGAGAAGACGACUCUGAGAUCAGGAAGAAGGAGUUUGGAGUUCUCUUCAAGAAGCAGAUUAACCUACGGAAGGGGUCUGAGGGCCGCAGAGUGGAAUUUGUUCCUCCAGAUGCUGGAUGUCUACUGAAGGAAGCCAGCAGCCAGAAAAUCCCCAGGUUAACUGUAAAGGCCAGAGAGCACUGCCUGGCGCUGCUACAGCAGGCGCUCUCCAGCCAGCAGGGGGCAGCAGAGGACACCGUUUCCAUGGCUGUGGAGAUGGAACACGAGGCGUUCCGCAACGCCAAGUCUACCAACCUCUACAAGGCCGCCAUGCUGAAGAGGGUUUCAGAGUUGAAGAAGGGAUUGACAGCCUCGCUGGGGGGAGGGGGAGGAGGGGGAGGGGGAGAGGGAGGGGGAGAGGAGACCAAAGACAUGAAGAGUGGAGUUAAGGAUGAAUCAUGCCCAUCCUCUUCCUCACUUCCUGUGGAGCUGCUUGGCUUCACUCCCGCCUCCCAGAUCUACUCACUGAAGAGGAAGAGGAUCGGAGCAGGUCUCAGGGGUUCCUCAGACCCUUUUCAGACAGCCAGAGAGCUGCUGCAGACCUCCAUCCCUGAGGGGGCCUCUGGAGGGGGCUUCCACCCUGACACCCCUGUGGCCCUGGCCUCCGUCACCUCCUCCGUCACCUCCUCCGUCACCUCCUCCAUCAGAGCGAAGGCAACGCCACGCAGACUCUGUGUAAACAGCCCGUCCAAAACGGCGGGUAAAGGGCUGAGUAAGAAGCAGCUGAAGCUAGCGGAAGCCGCAAAGAGCACCAGGAGCAUCGCUCAGUACUUUGGAAAGAAACAGACUGACAGCCAGGACCGGGCUUUAGAGAAGGGAGCCAAUAGCAUGUCAUCUCAUGAGGCCGAGGACGCCCCUCAGCCUAUCAGCGCUCAGGAACACUCACCUGUCACGGUCCCCACAGAUACGGUCUCUAUGGAUACCAGUCCACUAGAGAUGGUCCCCGUGGAAGCCAUCCCAGAAGUCAUCACUCUGGACGAGAAGGUGGAUGAUGAUGAUGAGGAAGAGACCCCCACAACACAGGAGGUGAAAGAGGAAGUUCAGCGAGAGGCGGAGGGUCACACAGAGCAGAAACGUCAGGAACACCGGAACAGACCUCUGCUCCUUCCAGAGGUACCAGAGGACGGGGGGGCAGACAGAGAGCCCUCGGCCAAACGUAGCCGACCCCUUGAGGAGAGCAGGAGGAAGGUGACCUUUAACCCCCAGGUGCAGGAGACCCUGGUGGAGCCUCGGGGGGGCGCCGUGGGGGCCCCGUCCUCCUCCCAGCCCCCCCUGGGCCCCACGGCCAGACUCCCCACCACGGCCCCCCCACAACCGGCCAGCAGGAAGGAGGUGGCGGACAUUGUUGUGCGCUGCCUGGACCCCUACUACACCCAGGGGAAGUUUAGCACCAAGGAGCUGUUCAAGUCGUUCGCCCGCUUCCUGUCUCACCUGCUGGCUGAAGGGCGGGGCCAAGGGAGGGGACAAGUGAAGGUGGAGGCCAAGGCUCUGAUAAAGAAGUUCUUUAGUGGAGUGAAACGUUGUGAAAGUGAGGAGGACUGGAGACACCUGGAGAGAAUGAACACACACUCCUCCUAGAGAUGGAAGGAGGAGAGAUGGAGGGAGGAGAGAUGGAGGGAGGAGAGAUGGAGGGAGGCACUUGAGGAGGGAACUAACUCCUCCUCCUCUUCCUCCUCCUCUUCCUCUUCUUCUGAGCCUAGUAUGCUGCUGCUUUUGACUGACUGUUUGACUGACUGUUGCUAUGCCCCAGAACAGUUCAGUCUGCACACACGCUGCCAGGAAACAGGUUGCCCAGAAACAGGCUGCCACUCUGAUGUAGCAGUGAAACAUGUCUGACUGGAUACAGACCAUUUUUGGGACUGAACAGGAAGGAAUGUUUGUAAUCUCAGAAUCUGUGACGUUUCUCUGGUCCUGUCCAACCAAACUCUUCUUCUUCUGCUGCUGCUGAAUCCUUAACAGGCUGGAGGACUGAGUCUACAGCUGGAUGGACAUUAUGCAGGGAAAUUGUUAUUUUAAACUGACAUUUUUGGUUAGUUUUUGUCAACUUUUAUGUCCAUGUUUUGUCUAUUGUUUAUGUCGGUAACAGGGGUCCUUAUGUGUGUUACAUUUCGUAAGAUCAUUUUGUUUGUCUUAAUGGUUAAUUAAUUAGCAAUGAAGUUGGACGUGAAUGUGAGUGUCAAGCCAGGGGAGGGCCACUGUGAGAGGACUACUGGACAUUAGUCACUCGUGAACCUACAAACUGCAAAGACCAUUUAUCUUGCUGUGCUCCAAAGGGGACUAGACUUCUGAACGCUGAAGCCAUAAAGACAAGCUGUGUAGUCCUUGCCUGUUCUCUUCGACCCAGCUGUUUACAAUAAAAUAUCUGAUGAUGCUGAUGGA